AUGUCUCUUAGGGUGACUCCGGAUUUGAAGGAUGAUGUGGUAGGGACGGAUCCAAAGCCAUCGUCGGGCCGAACCAUCACUGGCCUCCCGUGGGUCCUUAUAUGCGUCUCGCUUUACAUAUCCAUUUUCAUCUACGGACUCGACACCUCUAUCGCCGCUGACGUCCAGGGAGCCGUUGUCGAAGUCUUUGGUCACGUGGAACAACUGGCAUGGAUCGGGGCCGGUUUCCCCCUCGGAUCCGUAGCCGUGGUACUUCUCAACGGCGUACUCUAUACGAACUUUGACAUGAAGUGGGUGUACAUCGCUACUCUCGCUAUAUUCGAAGUCGGCUCGGCCCUGUGUGGUGCGGCACCCAACAUGAGCGCGUUGAUUGUCGGCCGUGCCAUCGCCGGCGCUGGCGGCAAUGGCGUCUUCCAGGGCAGCCUCAACAUGUUUUCCAGUCUAACAUCGCCAGAGGAGCGGGGUCUCUACAUUACCGGGAUUGGGUUCUGCUGGGGCAUCGGUGCCGUACUGGGCCCCGUUGUCGGUGGUUCCUUCGUCGUCUCAAGCGCCACAUGGCGAUGGGCUUUCUACAUCAACCUCAUCAUCGGAGCUGCGUUCGCUCCCAUCUACGUGUUUUACUUGCCCUCCGUCCACCCAGUAACAGGGGUUUCCGUUGCUGACAGGAUCAAGAAGAUAGAUUCUGUCGGCCUGCUUCUCGGUGCAGGUCUCUGGGUCUCGUUUACCGUGGCAUUUACUCUGGCCGGUGGUCAGUGGCCGUGGCAGGAUGGCCGCACAAUCGCCACCAUUGUAGCCUUAGUCCUCAUCAUGGUCCUUUAUGCCGCCCAGCAGGUCUUUUGCGUCUUCACUACAGUGGAGUCGCGGUCCUUCCCGAUCCACCUACUAAGAUCAAAGUCACAGGUCCUCUUCUGCAUUUCCACAGCAGCCAACAUCACCUCCGUGUUCGUCGUGGUCUAUUUUAUACCAAUAUACUUCCAAUUCGUGCACGGCGACACCGCUCUGCAGGCCGCUGUCCGAUUACUUCCGUAUGUAAUUGUCACUGUCUGCUUCAACCUCGGCGCCGGCCACCUACUUUCCAAGGUCAAGUAUUACAUGCCCUUGUUCGUCAUAUCCGGUGUGUUCAUAACGCUGGGUGCCUCCCUUCUUACGGCGUACCUCGAACCCGCAACUCCCCAGGGUUACAUUUAUGGCUUCACGAUCAUCACGGCCGUUGGGUCGGGUCUCUCCAUGCAAAUCGGCUACGCAGUGUCGACUUUGAAAGCUUCGGACCAUAUAGGCGAUGCUCUGGCAGUCAUGAACGUUGCUCAGAUCGGAGGGAGCGUUAUUGCGCUUGUCAUUGCCGGCCAGGUCUUCCAGUCCACUGCUACUAACAACCUCUCAGUCGUUCUGGCCGAGACUGGCUAUACACUAGCCGACAUCCAGAGCAUUGUUUCCGGGGCGCAAAGUCAUCUUUUCGAGGAGCUGAGCGUGUCUCUAAGGAACGCAGCCAUCAUUGCUGUUACCCAGGCAAUUCAAAGAGCAUUCAUCCUGGUUUGCGUCGGUGGCGGAGUUCUUACAAUAGCCGGUCUUUUGAUGAAGCGGGAAAAGCUGUUUGCUGAGAUCGUUCGAAUAGGCGUUUAA